CUCUGCAUCACCGUUUUGCAUUAUUUCCGCGCUCGCACACACUCAUCCCACUCUUAAUUGCCACGCAAACUCAAAAAUAAAACCUUCGAUUCAUUACAUUAAUUGAACACAAGCAAUCCAAAACGUAAGGUGCCCCACAACACAACUACCACCUUUGCUCAAAAUAUCUCCUUCUUUAUUAUAUCCAUUUUCCUUUCAUCUUCUUCCUUCGUGUCAUUGCCGUUUGCUAUCAUUGCUACAUAAAACAACACCCUUUUAUUGUCAUGCUUCGUAACCGUUUGCAACGGUUGGUUUGAAUGAAGGGAGUGGUAACGGCUACGGUGCAUUCGUUGAUGUUGAUCAAGUGAGGGACUUUGUGUUGUAUUGUGUUGUAUUGUGAGAAAAGUGAGAGGCCCAGAUGGAUUUUACUUCGUUUUUGACGUCCCUGGGAACUUCGUUUCUGAUAUUUUUGGUUUUGAUGAUCGUGUUUGCUUUUCUAUCGAGUAAGCCUGGGAACAAUGUGGUGUACUACCCCAACAGGAUCCUCAAGGGGUUGGAUCCGUCGGAAGGAGGGCCCAAGAGCCGCAACCCUUUCUCAUGGAUCAAGGAGGCCAUGUCUUCUUCAGAACGUGAUAUUGUUGCCAUGUCUGGGGUUGACACUGCCGUCUACUUUGUCUUUCUCACCACUGUGUUGGGCAUCCUAGUUUUAUCUGGAGUUAUUCUGCUACCCGUUCUUCUGCCGCUUUCUGCUACUGACAAUGCUCUGAAGAGACAAGAUGCAAAAGCACAAACAACUAGCAAAGGAACUUUCAAUGAACUUGACAAGUUAUCAAUGGCUAACAUCACGGCAAGGAGUUCAAGGCUGUGGGGAUUUUUAAUUGCCUGUUACUGGGUUUCAAUCGUUACAUUUGUUCUCCUGUGGAGAGCUUACAAACAUGUCUCAUGGCUGCGAGCUGAAGCUCUUAAGUCCCCUGAUGUGAGGCCUCAACAGUUUGCUAUAGUUGUGAGAGACAUACCUAAUGCUACUCAAGGUCAGACUAAGAAGGAACAGGUUGACACUUACUUUAAAGCCAUCUACCCAGAGGCAUUUUACAGAUCUAUGAUCGUAACAGACAACAAAGUGGUGAACAAGACUUGGGAGAGCUUAGAAGGGUUUAAGAAGAAGCUUGCCCGUGCCGAAGCAGUAUAUGAAAGGUCUAAAACAACUGCAAAACCAGAAGGAACAAGACCUACUAACAAGACUGGCUUCCUUGGACUUGUUGGUGAAAAGGUCGAUAGCAUAGAUUAUUACAAUGAUAAGAUUAAUGAACUUGUUACCAAAUUGGAAUCUGAGCAAAAGGUCACCCUUAGAGAGAAGCAGCAAGACGCUGCUCUGGUGUUUUUCUCAAGUAGGGUGGUUGCAGCUUCUGCAGCUCAGAGUUUGCAUGCGCAAAUGGUUGACACUUGGUCAGUGUUUGAUGCUCCUGAACCCAUUCAACUAAUAUGGCCUAAUUUGAAAAUCAAGUAUUUUCAGAGAGAGCUGAGGCAGUACUUGGUUUAUGUCAUUGUGGCAUUGACUAUAUUCUUCUACAUGAUCCCAAUUACAUUUAUAUCUGCAUUUACUACUUUGGAUAAUUUGGUGAAAUAUCUUCCAUUUAUAAAGCCAAUUGUUCGUAUAAAGGCUUUAAGAACAGUGUUGGAAGCUUACCUCCCUCAGCUUGCGCUGAUUAUUUUCUUGGCAUUGUUACCCAAGUUGCUUCUGUUCUUGUCUAAAUUUGAAGGCAUUCCAACUGAAAGUCACGCAGUUAGAGCUGCAUCUGGAAAAUACUAUUAUUUCAUCGUGCUGAACGUUUUCAUUGGAGUUACUAUAGGUGGAACCUUGUUCAAAGCAUUCCAUAGAAUUCAGGAUAACCCCAACAUAAAUGAAAUUGCGUCCUUGCUAGCUGAAAGCCUCCCCGGAAAUGCUACUUUUUUCUUGACCUAUGUCGCCCUUAAAUUUUUCGUUGGCUAUGGCCUUGAACUGUCCCGAAUAGUUCCUCUCAUUAUAUACCAUUUGAAGAGAAAGUAUCUUUGCAAGACCGAAGCUGAGUUGAAAGAGGCUUGGCAACCUGGAGAUCUUGGUUAUGCAACAAGAGUUCCGGGUGACAUGCUGAUUGUCACAAUCGUGUUCUGUUACUCUGUUAUUGCUCCUGUAAUAAUCCCAUUUGGUGUUCUAUAUUUUGGCCUAGGAUGGCUUGUCCUGCGAAAUCAGGCACUCAAAGUCUACGUACCAACAUAUGAAAGUUAUGGAAGAAUGUGGCCUCACAUACACAAGCGUGUACUAGCAUCUCUGAUAUUAUAUCAAAUUACCAUGUUUGGAUACUUUGGGGCGCAGAAAUUCUACUAUACACCACUUGUGCUUCCUCUUCCCUUUUUGUCACUGAUCUUUGGUUUUGUCUGCGGAAAGAAAUUCUACCCUGCCUUCGAACAUCCUGCACUUGAGGUUGCAGCUAAUCCACUUAAGGAACCCCCCAACAUGGAAUUGAUUUUCAGAUCUUUCAUUCCACCUAGCUUGAGUUCUGAGAAGAUAGAAGAUGACCAGUUUGAAGAUGCAUUAUCUUCAGUUUCGAGAAGAACAGCUGUUUGAUGUAAUUAUCUGAAUUUCAACUGCUUUUUACGUGUUAGUUUUAGUCUUGUAGGGAUACCUUCAGACAUUCAUUGUUCAUAAUACGUCUUAGGAACCACGAUGUUGAGUGUUAACUGUUGUGAAUGUGAUUGUGUAGAAAUUGUUGGAUGGACUGGUAAUAUUUCCGUGUAAUGUUAUGAUGUGUUUGUUCAA